AUGGUCACCUCUGCUGAAAACAGUCCUCGUUCAAGUUACACCACCACCACCAACACAACAACACCACCUGCAACGAAGCCUCGGCUGCUGUUGAAUAGUAGUAGUAGUAAUAGUAAUAAUACUUCUAUUAGUAGUGAUACAAGUUGUUCCAACAAUCAAUCAAAUAUUAAGCAAGAAUCCUUGUUAAAUAACAAAGGCUUUCUCAAUUCAACAUUGUUACCAUCAGAAUCGAAUAGAAGUUUUCAAGUGAUUUCUUCAGGAUCUUGUACAUUAACUGAUUCCGACGAUCAAUAUCCAUCCAAUCAUUUAUCAUCUCCUCAGACCAUCACCACUACCUCCAUCACUGAAAUGAAUUUGCUUGAUAAUGUAAAUACUAACCAAUCACCUUACCAAUCACAAACUCUUCUCCCAAAGACUACCAAUGAUUCCCUUUCAUCAUUUCCCAUUUCUAAGCCUUGUCUUCACUUUGUGAAUGGUGCUCAACAACAGCAUGCUGUUGUUUUUGAGUGUAGAGAAGGAUGGAGAUUGAAUGAUCCAAAAACUAAACAUCCACACUCAACAACUCAUAAUUGUAGCAUCAAGGAUUAUCUUGUGAUUGAAGGUAAUGACUUUGAGAAUUGUAAGAGCUUUCUCAAGUUGAAAGAUUCUGCUGGGGGAAAAGUUGUGACUGAAGCAUUCUUCACGUUUGAUCCAAAAACAAGAAAACAUGUCGUCGAGUUUCAAGUAGUGUCUAAAAUCAAUAACAUGAAGGGUAAUACAAGUAGUAGGGUGGCAUACAUUGAUAUCUAUGAUUCGAAUAACAAACUAAUAUGUGUUUCUGAUUCUUUCUGGGUAAGAUCAAGAAGUAGAGGUCAGAUGAUGUUGGACAUGGCAAAGAGAAGAAAAGAGCCAUCAUCUGCAUCCAAGCAAUCUGAAAUUGUACAUCAAUCUCAUUCUACCACCUCAUCGAAUGAUUCACCAUCUGAUGAAGGAGGUGAGCAAGAAAUAAGCACACUUUCCAACGUCAUUGAAGAUGAAGUUAUUACCAUACCACCUUCACUAAAGCAAAAAGCAAUCAUUCAAUCUCCAAUCUCCAGCACUAACCAAAGUUCCUCUGAUCCUCUCUCCUCCCUCGCUAAUGUUGCAUCGAGUAUUGUGAAAGAAAGAUUGCCCAGCUUUGCUGAUUUAACAUUGUCAAGUCCUCCAGUUCCUCAACAAGAAAGUGCCACUUCUCCAAUGAAAGAUUCUUCCCUUCCACAUAUUGAUUGUAUUACUAGUGAUUUACCAUAUAGAAAGAGAAAGAUAAGCGAGGAUAGUAGAAUAAGGAGUUUGACUCUUCUAAUUGAGAAGAAUAGUUCAGAUAUUUCCAAACUUUACCAACUAGUAGAAGCUCAAAACAAUAUGAUCUCAGAUCUAAGUCAAGCUAUAAUGCAACUGUGUAAGAAGCAAAAGCAACAAUAA